UCUCCUUUCCAUCUCCUGCUUUGUUCUCCUUUCUUGGGUCUCCAACCUGGUAUUGGAUGCAUAUGUUUCACGCCUUCUUUGCUUUGUGUCUAGAGGUGCAACCAUGGCUGAUGUCUCCGUGGUCAGCAAAGAGGAGGAGGAGUGCAUGAACUUGCCCCCUGGAUUCAGAUUCCACCCCACGGAUGAAGAGGUCAUAACCCAUUACCUCUCACCAAAGGUCGUCGACCACAGCUUCAGUGCAACCGCUAUGGGAGAGGUGGAUCUCAACAGGUGUGAGCCGUGGGAUCUUCCAAGCAAUGCAAAGAUGGGAGAGAAGGAAUGGUUCUUCUUCUGCCAGAAGGACAGGAAGUAUCCAACCGGCACGAGGACCAACAGAGCCACCGAAACUGGGUUCUGGAAAGCCACGGGAAAGGAUAAGGAGAUUCUUAAGGGGCGAGGAGUCGUCGUUGGCAUGAAGAAGACCCUUGUGUUCUAUAGAGGAAGAGCACCCAAGGGAGAGAAAACGAAUUGGGUGAUGCAUGAAUACAGGCUUGAAGGCACUUCCACAUUAAUCCCCAAUCUUCCCAAGUCUGCAAAGGAUGAAUGGGUUGUGUGUAAGGUCUUCCACAAGGAUACAGGACUACUCAAGAAAAGCACACUGCCUGCCUUGGAGAGGAUCGACUCCUUGGGAGAUGAUUUCUUGGACUCCACUGCAUUACCUCCUCUCAUGGAUCCCCCCUGCCUCGAUUCUGCCACCAGGCCUGGUUCGAGUUUCAGCAACAAAGAUGAUAGCCUCAACUUCCAGGAUGUCCAUGCAAGCUUCUCGUCCAUGAUGGGAGUUGAUUACUAUCAAGUUGGUCCAGAUUUACCCGACAGCUCUUCCUACUCGUUCUUGGGAUCGAUGAACUUGAGCUACUUGCACCAGGAGGGGGCGAUGCUGGGAGCUUUAGCUGCUGCCGAAAACGACGCACCAUCUGCCAUCACGAGGCACUGCAAGGUGGAGCAGAGCUCGAACCACUCGGUGGGCUGUCAUUCGCAGGAAACCGGGCUGAGCACCGACCACAACACGGAGAUCUCCUCGGUGCCGUCGAAGCACUACGAUGAGCUCGGCGACCCUUCCUCGACCGUACCAGGUUUUGAUCUGGAGAACUUCUGGCAGUACUGAACACUUUGAGAUCGAUGCAUUCGAUACGUUACGAUGGUGUUAGCAGUCCUUCUUCGUCUCACAUUGCGUAUUAGAUUUGAUUACCAGAUGUAUACGCCUUACUGUCUGUCGCACAAGCAGAUUAAAUCUACCAUCGAGAAACAAAACGUGUGAGGACUAAUGUAAUUAAAGUAUUAUUGUUUUGUAUAUGUGAAUUCUACUGGAAAUUUUCUUUAUAUGCCAUCUUGAAUGCA